AUGAAGCGGCAGAACCUGCGCACGGUCUCGCUGAUCCUCUGCAUCUUCUCCUACCUGCUGGUGGGCGCCGCCGUGUUCGACGCGCUGGAGUCGGAGGCCGAGAGCGGCCGCAGGCGGCUGCUGGAGCAGAAGCGGGGCGAGCUCCGCAGGAAGUACCGCUUCUCGGCCGACGACUACCGCGAGCUGGAGCGGCUGGUGCUGCAGGCCGAGCCGCACCGCGCCGGGGGGCAGUGGAAGUUCGCCGGCUCCUUCUACUUCGCCAUCACGGUCAUCACCACCAUCGGUUAUGGACAUGCUGCCCCGGGCACAGAUGCUGGCAAAGUUUUCUGCAUGUUCUAUGCAGUCCUUGGUAUCCCCCUCACACUGGUUAUGUUCCAAAGUCUUGGGGAACGCAUGAACACUGUAGUCCGGUUACUGCUGAAGAAAAUAAAGAAGUGUCUGGGCAUGAAGAAGACGAAUGUCUCUAUGGAAAACAUGGUCUUAGUUGGCUUCUUGUCAUGCAUGGGGACACUGUGUGUUGGAGCAGCUGCCUUCUCUUAUUUUGAGGGCUGGACCUUCUUCCAUGCCUAUUAUUACUGCUUCAUAACCCUGACCACUAUUGGCUUUGGCGACUUUGUAGCUCUGCAGAAAAACGAAGCUUUACAGAAGAAGCCACCGUAUGUGGCUUUCAGCUUCAUGUACAUCUUGGUCGGUUUGACUGUGAUUGGUGCUUUCCUAAACUUAGUUGUUCUUAGGUUUUUGACUAUGAACUCGGAAGAUGAGAGGCGGGAUGCAGAAGAGAGGGCAUCCCUGAAGAGAGUCAGGAACAACAUCCACCUGAAAGCUAAGGAAGACAGUAAGAACAGAGAUGCUAUUUUUCUACCCAUAGAAGACAGGACAAGUCAAAUGAACCUCAUCCCACUGAUGCAGGAAGACGCUGAUAGACUAAGACGUCACUCUUCAAACUCCACCGCCAAAGUCCCUUCCUUGUGCACGUGUUUGUGCUACAGACCGCGGCUGUGUGGGAGCCCUGUCCCUUCUCAUCCAGAGACCCUCAGCUGCCACACCAAUCCCGUUUACUAUAAUUCCAUUUCUUACAAAAUUGAUGAGGUCUCCCUGAGCACGAGGGAUCCCACUGGCGUCUCCUCCCCUGGGAGCACUUUAUCGUCCAACAGCCCCCGCUGCAGGGAACACCACCGCCUGCGAAGGAAAUCCAUCUAAAUGUGCAUGCUUUUUGGGAAUUUUUACUCUGAACUGUAUUCUACUACUGAAGUCAUAUUUUGAUGAUAAAUUAUUA